CCAUGAGACAUGCGGUCCAGAAAUGUUUGUUCUGGUGAAACAUCAGAGAAGCAGUGCUCGUCUGUACGGAGUGACGACUCAGUCUGCAGAGCCUGGAUUGUGUGUAUUUGAGUGCGUACACACACACACACACCUGUGUGUGAGAGCUGAUACCACACUGUCUGUAUGUGAGAUGAGGAGAAGCUAAGUGGCUACCACGACCACCCCGAUCAGACGGCUUCCUGUGAUGUAAGAUGGAUUAGAGCCCCACGCUACAGGAGAUCAAAGGUGGCUGUGACAGGGGCACCCCCGGGGCAGGACCCAUGAGGAGUCAUAGAAGAUGCUCACAGUCUGGGCGCUUCUGCUCUUCUUAGCCAUGUGGGUGAGAAGCACCUCCGGUGGCCCGCUCUCCUUCAGAAUAGCUGCCAUCCUUGAUGACCCUAUGGAGUGCAGCAGAGGAGAGCGACUGGCCAUUACGCUGGCCAAAGACAGCAUCAACAGGAACACAAACCGCUCCACCACUGGCAAGCUGGAGGUGGACAUCUUUGAACUGCUCAGAGACAGUGAAUAUGAGAUGGGGGAAACAAUGUGCCAGAUAAUGUCCAAAGGGGUAGUGGCAGUCCUCGGCCCUUCUGCCAGUCCGGCCUCCAACUCCAUCAUCAGCAAUAUCUGCGGAGAAAAGGAGGUUCCCUAUGUCAAGGUAGCUCCAGAGGAUAUACUGAAGGUCCAGUUCCCCCGGUUCACCACCCUGGACCUGAGGCCAACCAACACUGAUAUCAGCCUGGCAGUGGCUGGCCUCCUGACCUUCUUUAACAGCACCACCGCCUGCCUCAUCUGUGCCCAUGCUGACUGCUUAUUAAACCUGGAGCAGCUCCUCAGGCAGUUCCUCAUCUCCAAGGAAACUCUGUCAGUGCGCAUGCUUGAUGACAGCCAGGACCCGACCCCUCUCCUGAAGGAGAUACGAGAUGACAAGACUGCCACCAUUAUAGUUGAUGCCAACGCCACCAUGUCACAUAUCAUUUUGGAGCGGGCAUCAGAACUGGGAAUGCUGUCCGUCUACUACACGUACAUCUUCACCUCUCUGGAAUUCUCGUUACUACGACUAGACGACGUGGCGGACCAACGAGUCAACAUAGUCGGUUUUUCAGUCUUCGAUAAAACUCAUCCCUUCUUCCAGGACUUUGUUCUCAGCCUCAACCGCUCCUGGCAAGAGAACUGUGACCAUGCACCCUUCGCUGGCACCCCACUCUCCUCUGCUCUGCUCUUUGAUGCGGUGUACGCGGUGGUGGCAGCGGUCCAGGAGUUGAACCGCAGCCAGAACGUCGGUGCCACUCAGCUCUCCUGCAAGUCCUCCAAGAUUUGGGAGCACGGCACCAGCCUCAUGAAUUACCUGAGGAUGGUAGAAUUGGAAGGUCUAACAGGCCACAUUGAAUUCAACAGCAAAGGCCAGCGGUCUAACUACGUCCUGCGGAUCAUGCAGAAUAGCAAGGAGGGCCUGAGGCAGAUUGGCCUGUGGCACUCUGAAAACGGACUGUCCAUGGAGAAAAAGCUUCCAUCAAUCAACGUGACGGACACCCUCUUCAACACCACUCUCACCAUCACGACAAUACUGGAAAAUCCGUAUCUAAUGCUGCGGCGGAACCACCAGGAAAUGGAGGGAAAUGACCGAUAUGAAGGCUUCUGUGUGGACAUGCUCAAAGAGCUGGCAGAUAUCCUCAAGUUCAAGUAUCGUAUCCGUCUAGUUGGUGAUGGACUGUACGGGGUCCCCGGGGCUAACGGAACAUGGACCGGCAUGGUUGGAGAGCUUAUCUCAAGGAAAGCUGACCUGGCCGUUGCGGGACUCACCAUCACAGCAGAGCGCGAAAAAGUCAUUGACUUUUCCAAGCCUUUUAUGACCCUUGGUAUCAGUAUCAUGUACCGUGUCCACCUGGGACGCAGACCAGGCUACUUCUCCUUCCUCGAUCCCUUCUCCCCUGGAGUUUGGCUCUUCAUGCUUCUGGCCUACUUGGCAGUCAGCUGUGUCCUCUUUCUAGUGGCCAGAUUGACGCCGUAUGAGUGGUACAACCCCCACCCCUGUCUUAAGGGUCGCUGUAACCUGCUGAUCAACCAGUACUCCCUUGGCAACAGUUUCUGGUUCCCUGUUGGAGGCUUCAUGCAGCAAGGAUCCACCAUCGCGCCCAGAGCUCUGUCCACACGCUGUGUGAGCGGAGUGUGGUGGGCUUUCACGUUAAUCAUCAUCUCAUCCUACACUGCAAACCUUGCUGCCUUCCUGACAGUCCAGAGGAUGGAGGUGCCAAUUGAGUCAGUAGACGACUUGGCAGAUCAAACGGCGAUAGAGUACGGCACCAUGCAUGGAGGAUCCACAAUGACCUUCUUCCAGAACUCCCGCUAUCAGACCUAUCAGCGCAUGUGGAACUUCAUGUACUCAAAGCAGCCCAGUGUGUUUGUGAAGAGCACGGAGGAGGGGAUCGCCCGCGUCCUCAAAUCCAACUACGCCUUCUUGCUAGAAAGCACCAUGAACGAGUAUUAUCGCCAGAGGAACUGCAACCUGACUCAGAUUGGAGGACUGCUGGACACCAAGGGCUAUGGCAUCGGCAUGCCGCCGGGGUCAGUGUACCGUGAUGAGUUUGACCUGGCCAUUCUCAAGCUGCAGGAGGACAAUCGCUUGGAGAUCCUCAAAAGAAAGUGGUGGGAUGGUGGCAAGUGUCCAAAGGAGGAGGACCACCGAGCUAAAGGUCUGGGUAUGGAGAAUAUCGGUGGCAUCUUUGUGGUGCUGGUGUGCGGCCUGCUGGUGGCUAUCUUCAUGGCAGUGCUGGAGUUUGUCUGGAUGUUAAGGCAAACACCAGGAAACGAGCAGACAGUGUGUGAGGAGAUGAUGCGAGAGCUCCAGGGCAUCGUCCUGUGUCGUGACAGCCUGCAGGUGAGGCGGCGGCGGUCGGCUUCAGUGAUGAGGCCGCGGCCUUUACCGCUGGAGGAGCGCCGCGCACGAGCCGCCGCUGUGAGCCUCAGCAAUGGCAAGCUGUGUGGGGGCACCGGACUGCCUGAACCCCUCUCGCACAGACUGGCCCAGGAGGCUGCGCUGGUCGCAAGAGGGUGCAGCCACAUUCGCAUUUGCCCCGAGUGCCGGCGCUUCCAGGGACUGAGGAUGCGUCCUACGGGUGGCACCGGCACAAUCCCCUCUCCCACACACAGUGAAGAGAGCAUAGAGUGGGACAAGACCACAAAUAGCAGUGAACCUGAAUAACACCUGGUGAUUCCAAUUGGACUGACUCUUCAGGCAGCCACCUCUCUACUUUCCAGGGAUCAAAGAUCACGUAGUAUUUUCAUACAACAAUUUGGAGCACGGUCUUAAAGGGCAGGACAGUUCUGUAGAAGUUUUUUUUGCCCGAGAGGCAACAGCCAGCAGUCAGUUUUUGGAAUCUCCUGACUUUUUUUUUCAAGGAGACUGGAAAAACUGAUGAUUCUGUCUCGUUGUGGUCUGUCCCUGUUGGCCCUUUGAACCGUAUGAAAGAGGACAGGCAAAAACAGCCAUGGGGCAUUUGUACUAUGCAGUAUUUUCAGUCAUUUAUCAUUGUGCCGUUUCUUUCUUUUUUUGUUUUUAAAUUAUUUGUGUCCUCUGUUGGAUUAUCAGUACUGGAUAUUAUUAUUCUGUUGU